GAAAAUUCUACGACUGAUGUUCAGUGCUCUGCUUAUUGCGCAUUGCCUAUUACACUUGAAACAGAUUGAUUGCGCAGAAUUACCAUCAGAAUGGCGGCAUCGAAUUCCCCCAUCCGUCAGCGAAUCGGAAGAAGCACUGACCAGAGCCGAUAUUAUCUGGGAAGAUGGAGCCAUACCGGGAUACCCGAUGCUGGCUGCAGAGGAACCGGGAAGCAGUCACAAUGUAUUGGGUAGCAAUUACUGGCCUAACAGCGGACAGUGCAUUCCAUAUCGGCUACACCCGGCAUUCGACGAAGAAGCCAAGCAUCGUAUUCGUAACGCCAUGAACACCAUCGAACGACGCACAGAUUACUGCUUGUCUUUCAAGAUCCAAACGGAGGAAGCCGAAUACAUAUCCAUCGUUCCCGUUGGGUGAGGGUGCAUGUCCCACGUCGGGCUGGUACCCGGACGAACUACGGAAAUUCGACUGGGAAGUAGCUGUUUGAAAGACGGAAUAAUUCUGCACGAACUCCACCAUGCGCUCGGCUUCUACCACGAACAGAACCGACCCGACCGUGAUGAGUUCGUCCAAGUCUUUAGCGAAAACAUCCAGCCCAACAUGUACGAAUUGAACUACGGUAUUUUGCCACAUAUGCCCACCCACGGUCUCCAGUACGACUACGAAUCCAUUCUGCACUAUGCAGCGUGGGAUUUCGCUAAGAGCCGCGACAAACCGGCCAUCAUUCCCAAGAUUCGUUCGCCCGGGAGAAUGGGUCAGCGCAAAUGGCUGAGCGCGCUGGACGUCACGAAACUGCAGAAGGCUUACGGGUGUAUCGACGACAACUUUGAACGAGUGGAGAGCAUGCCGCAAUUGCACUGCGACGUGAGCAGCACCAGUGGAAAACCAGGUUAUCAGACUACAAUUGGUAUGGAUAGCGCAAAUACUGUUUCGACAACUACGGCGGCAACCGCUGCAGCAUCGGAGAAAAGUCCUGCCACGAUACGUUUCUCAGACCUGAUGUGGACGGUAAUGGAAAUGUCCGACCCGGGUGUGAACAACAUCCAAGUCAUCAACGACCAUCUGCAUCUCCGUCUGACGAAACGCAACAAUUUCUUUCACUGCGCCGGCGUCCGCUCGGUCGAUACGUUCGGUUUCGGGCGUCAUCAGUUUCACAUUGAAAGCCGUCUUGAUCAACUACAUCCUCACGUCGUCUUCGCCCUCUACAGUCAAAUGGAUCCUCAUCCACGUAUUGGUAUUCAGUUUUCGCGGUGGGGUAACGCCGAUGCUCCGAUCGCUAGUUACGGGGUCACCAGUCGGCGCCUGCCUGCGCCCUUUACAAGCGGUGCGGAUAAGCAGCACGUACGCUUUCUCGUUUUCCCUUGCUGGGACGUAUACAACGCAUACUUACGACUGGAAGCCGGGAAACGUGACGUUUUCUUCCCAACACGGUCAUCAGAGUAGCAACCGGGAUUUGUUGUUUAAGAUAUGGAGUUAUACCGGCAAUUCGCAGAGUAUUCCACAGAAAGCACUUCCUGUAACGAUGAGCUUAUGCGUUCAUAAAGAUACAGUAACGAAGCGGGCGAUAUGGAGGAUGUGGAAAUUGCGGUGCAUUCGUUUCGGUUCUUUCCCGAACUUCGCAGGUACAUUGUACAAAAUGGGGACACCAUAGCCA